GCUCCACCACAUUUCUCUAGACCAAAUUCACUACUGCGAGUGCGCCUGUUGGCGGCACACAUCCACUCCUUUUACUAUUCCUUAUGCUAUAAGCAAGGCAUAUGAUUAGUACGCUGGUUGAAAACUCUGCCCAAGCUUGACGCGGGCCUGGAGCUCCGAAAUUCCGCAUGAGCGACGGAUUGGACCCAACAUCGCUAUCCUAGCUUGACAACAAACAAUAUGGUUGAUUCCGAUGAAGACUAUAUUGGAUCUAUUUCAGAGGAUGAGGAUGAUGUCGACGCUCACAUUGUCUCUGCCUCGGCUCGUCCGCGCCGAAGGAAACAGCAUGGCGGCGCUGAAUGGGAGGUAUCUAGGACGUGGGAAUCGGUGGUGGAAGGCGCCGACGGCACCAUCAGCUCGACAGUCGAGGGUUUGUUAGAGGCUGGAAAAAGGAAAAGACUACUUCGAGACACUACCCCGUUACAGCGAGGAAUCAUCCGCCAUCUGAUCCUGGUUCUCGACCUCUCCCAAUCUAUGUCAGAGAAAGACCUUCGCCCCACCCGUUAUCUUCUAGCUUUGCGAUAUGCCCAAGACUUCGUCAUAGAGUUCUUCGAGCAAAAUCCUAUAUCCCAACUCGGACUUCUCGGCAUGAAGGAUGGGUUGGCCGUGCGGAUAAGUGACAUGAGCGGAAAUCCCACCGAUCACAUCACUGCUCUCCAAGCCUUACGGUUAUCCGACCCGAAAGGGCUUCCCAGUCUUCAGAAUGCAUUGGAAAUGGCCCGGGGUGCUCUUUUCCACACACCUAGUCAUGGCACUCGCGAAGUUCUAAUUAUCUUCGGGUCGCUUCUCUCAUCUGACCCGGGUGACAUACACCAAACAUUGAAAUCCCUUGUCGCAGACCAGAUUCGUGUCAGUAUUGUUGGCUUGGCCGCACAAGUCGCAAUCUGCCGCGAGCUCUGUGCCAAAACGAACGGCGGUGAUGAUACAGUAUAUGGUGUUGCUCUGAACGAGCAACACUUCCGAGAACUAAUGAUGGAAGUCACUAUUCCUCCGGCAACCUACUCAUACAAGCAAUCCAGCAAUGCGCUUUUGAUGAUGGGUUUUCCGUCUCGAACGGUAGAAUCUUUCCCGUCAUUGUGCGCCUGUCACUCCAAACCAUCAUGUGGUGGAUAUUUAUGCUCGCGAUGUGGGAGCAAAGUCUGCGGUCUUCCAGCAGAAUGCCCUGCAUGCGGCUUAACAUUAAUUCUCUCGACACAUCUAGCUCGUUCGUAUCAUCACUUAUUCCCCCUUAUCAACUGGGUCGAAGUCCCAUGGAAGCGAGCAUUACAUAGUUCAAAUUGCUAUUCCUGCGGUAUCACUUUUCCACCGGUGCCUCCUCCGGGUCAAUGGGAAACUUCGGAGAAACAAACAAAAGGAAUGAGUGUCAGCAGCCGCUAUGAAUGCUCGGCUUGCAAAAAUCACUUUUGCAUAGACUGCGAUCUUUUCGCUCACGAGAUUGUCCACAACUGCCCUGGAUGCCAAAGCAACAAUUUAUCAGUUCGAUCUCACAGAGGCGGUUAGAAAUACUGUCAAAAUGUUAAGUCGCUUUUAAGGAAAAGCUUCUUGCAUAUUUUCUCGGUUGAUCUUUGUAGGGAACGUCUCUGGGAAAUAAUUUUGCAGACUGCAGUAUAUAGAAAUAAUAUAAUGAUGCUUCUUAAGCAAAAUAUGACAGUUCUAGCAUUCUCAAUCACCUGGUGGAUAGCUAAGGCCUAGGAGAC